AUGAGCGGUUUGGAUACGGCAGGAAUGGAUACAGGACGGCAAGAGGAUGUGCAGGGAUUGUGCGCGCGGAUUGAACGGCUGGAGCGGCGCAAUCGUCGGCUGGUUGUUGGGAUGGUUGGGGCUGGGUUGCUCGGCGCGGGAGCGCUGCUGGGCGGGAUGAACGCGGCGGAUACGGACAAGGUGGUUGCGUACACGGCAACGGAUGGGACGAUGUAUCGGAUCUUCGAGUCUGGCGAGAUUGAGUAUCUUCGGCUGGAUGACAAUCCGCCUCGCACGGCGCAUGGGGUGUUUGAUUGGGGUGUGGUGAAGAUUGAUGAGAACUACACGCUGCGCGAUCGGAGCUCUUUGAUGAAAGCAUGGAUUGCUGGUGUGAUGGUUGCGUGUGUGAUGGUGAUGCUGGCGGGAUCGCUGGGUGGGUGUGCGACGAUUCGCAAUGAGAAGUUCAAAGAGGUGGAGUUCACGAGCGAUCCGAGCGGGGCGACUGUGGUGGUUGAGGAAGAGGUUGUGGGGACGACGCCUGUGGUUGUGGAGGUGGCGCGGAAGGGGCGGGACAAGCGGGUGGAGAUCGCGCUCGAUGGGUACAAGACGGUUCAGCUGAAUCUGGAUCGUUCGGUCGAGGGCAAGACGAUCUUCGGCGGGUUGAUCGGGAUGAGCGUUGACGCGAUCUCGGGGAAAGCGGGGACCUACACGGACAGCGUGCACAUUGUGCUUGAGGAGGGGGAGGGUGUGGUGGAGGUUGAUUCGAAGGAUCUCGACGCGCUGAAGGAAGAAGAGAUCGAAGAAGUGUCGGUCGAGGUGGUCGAUCUUGGCGUCGAUGAGGCGGAGGUCGAGACUUGUGAGUUGGCAGUGAUCGAAACGAACUCGGGUGAGCUUGGUUUCGGUCAGGAGCAUGUCGGGGGCUUUGCAGUCUUUGAAGUGGACGUCGCGGAGGUCGGCGCCUCUUGCGUCGAAUCCUGUGAGUUUGGUGCUGGAGAUGUGGACUCGGAUGAGUCGGGCGUCGAUCCAGGUGGCGCUGGAGAGGUCGGCGGUUUGGAUCUCACAGUCGGCGAUUACAGAUUCAGCGCCUUUGGAUUCGAUGAUUUGGUUGAUCCAGUCGGCGAUCUGGGUGAUCAUGGGUGGGCGUGGGUCGUCGGGGAUGCCGUUUUUGUUGGUGAUGAGACCGGCGUCUUCGAGCCAUUUCUCGGCGUCUUUGCCGGUGAGUUCGGAAUCUUUUUCGACGAGCGAGACGAGCAUGAGGUGGUUGUCGGUUCCUCCGCUGGUGAUGCGGAAGCCGUGGUUGGUGAGGGCUGCGGAGAGUGCUUGUGCGUUUUUGAUGACUUGUUGUUGGUAGGCUUUGAACUCUGGUUUGAGUGCUUCUCCGAAGGCGACGGCUUUGGCGGUGAUGAUGUGCAUCAGUGGGCCGCCUUGGACUCCGGGGAAGACAUUGCGGUUGAUGAGUUUGUUGAGUUCUUCGUCGUUGGUCAUGAUGAGACCACCGCGCGGACCACGCAGGGAUUUGUGUGUGGUGGUGGUGACGAUGUGGGCGUGGGGGAAGGGGCUUGGGUGCUCUCCGGCGGCGACCAAACCUGCAAUGUGGGAGAUGUCGGCCAUGAGUGUGGCGCCGACUUCGUCGGCGAUUUCGCGGAAGCGUUUGAAGUCGAUGACUCUUGGGUAUGCGGAGUAUCCACAGAGGAUCAUUUUGGGUUUGUGUUCUUUGGCGGCGGCGAGGACGGAGUCGUAGUCGAUCUGUUCGUGUUGGGGGUGGUUGGUGUCGUAGUGGAGUGCGUAGUGGACUGGGUUGUAGAAGAUUCCGGAGAAGUUGAGGAACAUGCCGUGGGAGAGGUGUCCGCCGUCUUUGAGGACGAGGGAGAGGAAGGUGUCUCCGGGUUCCAUCAUGGUCAUGAAUGCGGCGGUGUUUGCUUGGGCGCCGGAGUGUGGUUGGACGUUGGCGUAUUUGCAUCCGAAGAGUUCUUUGGCGCGGUCGCGUGCGAGUUGUUCGACGGCGUCGUGGUGGACGUUCCCGCGGCGACGGUGACGGCGGGAGAUGCGUGGUUUUCUGAGGCGAUCAGCUCGAUGGUGGUUUCCUGUCGCUCGCGCUCGAGGGUGACGAGUUGGGCGACCUGGGGGAGAACUGAUAUGGAUAUGUUGAAUCGUUGCGUGCUUGGGGUUGCUGCGGGGUUGGCGAUUGGCUUUGGCGGGUUGACUGCGGACGCGGCACCGAUUACAUAUCAGGGAAUGCUGCAUGAUGGUGCGAAUCCUGCGGAGGGAUUGUUCGAGAUGCAGUUUGCGCUUGCGGACUCGCCGGAGUUUGGGAUUGCAUUGCAGUUUGUCGUUGUGGCGGAUGUCGAUGUGAAUAAGGGCUUGUUUGAGGUUGAGAUUGAGUUUGAUGAUGUGCACUUUGAUGGGUCGGAUCGAUGGUUGGCAGUUCGGGUUGAAGGGGAGAUACUAACGCCUCGGACGAAGAUCAACUAUGCGCCGUAUGCGAUCCGUGCGAGUCAUGCUGAUCAUGCGGAUGUGGCGUCGGAUCUUGAGGUGCCUUGGGUGGUGGUGAGUGAUCUUGAUAUUGUUGAUGCGACCUCGCUGCGUGGGGUUCCUGUGCGUGGGUAUGUGUCGAAUGAGUUUCUGACGAAUCCGGCCGUGCUCGGCGAGACUGAUUCGGUGGAAGAUGGUGGCGCUGGUGUGCUUGGGCGUGCGAACUCUGAGUCGCACAGCGCUGAUGCCGCGGGUGUGCGGGGAGAAUCCAACGCGAGCGGAUUCAGUGGUUAUGGCGUGCAUGGGAUUCAUCGCGGGACAAACUCUGGGCCGAUGGCAAUUGAGGGUUUAAAUAUUGAUGCGGGUACAGAGUUUCGCGGUGCGACUACUGAAUAUGGGUUCGAAGCGUACAACACGGAUGUUGAGGGUGAGGGCACGGCGAUCUACGGCGAGGGUGGGAGCGUCGGGGUACGCGGGGUGGCGCUGCCUGAUGGGUUUGGGGCGGGGCUGCUGAGGGUUGGGGUGGAUGGGUUUGCGGGUGGAUUCCUUUCUGGAGCGAACAUGUUCUACGGCGUGCGUGGGUUUGGGCAAGCGCCGGCUGAAGGGGGAUCGCGGACUUCGUAUGGGGUGUACGGGGGUGCGCAGGUCGGGAAUGCUACGAACACGGCGUAUGGUGUGUUUGGUGAGGUGUUUGGGCCUGGGAGUAAUCGGUAUGCUGGAUUUUUCCAGGGGGAUGUGCAUGUCGCGGGGACGCUGUCGAAGUUGUCGGGGACGUUCAAGAUCGAUCAUCCGCUGGAUCCGGAGAACAAGUACCUGUCGCACUCGUUUGUGGAAUCUCCGGAGAUGAUGAAUGUGUACUCUGGGGUGAUCACGCUUGAUGAGCACGGGGGUGCUGUUGUUGAACUUCCUGAGUACUUUGAUUCUCUCAAUAAGGACUUCCGGUAUCAGCUCACGGCGGUUGGCGGGGCGAUGCCUGAGCUGCAUGUCGCGAGCUUGAUCAAGGGGAACUCGUUUGCGAUUGGUGGCGGGGCUGCUGGGAUGCAGGUGAGCUGGGAAGUCAGCGGCGUGCGGAAGGAUGCUUCGGCGCUGUAUCGUCCGAUCGAGGUCGAGAGCGACAAGCGCGUGGAGGAUCGUGGGUUGUAUCUUGAUCCCGAGGCGUUUGGGUUUGGGCGCGAGCGGGCGAUCCAUCGGUCUGGGCCGCGGGAGGUCGGUCUCGAGGUUCAUGCGCUCGUCCCAUCCCAGCGCGGCGCCCAUGGUGCGCGCGUAGGCGGAUUCGUCUUGGUCGUGGGCGAGGACUGUGAAUCCGGCUUUGGUCCAUGCGGAUUCGGGCCAGGGAUUGGAGAUGUCGGACCAAGGUUUUUGGGGGUCUGGCUUGGGCCCGAGGGAUUCGAUGAUGACGAUGGCGCCGGGAUUGAGGAUGUCGUAGAGGUGUCCGAGCAUUUCUGCGUCGGUCAUUUCCCAGCCGACUGGUGGCGGGAAGUUUGGGUUGAGUUUUUCGGGUUUGACGUAGCCGUGCUUGAGGAGGUUGCGGGAGAUGAAGAGGUCGUAUCCGUCUCCGACUUGGUUGCGUGUGGUUUCUUGGUUUGGCCAGCUUCCUUCGAUGAGUGUGACGGAGCCGGCGUUUGGUUGGUUGAGGUCCCCUACUGCUUCGCAGUUGUCGUAGAUCGCGGUGAGGAUGGGGUCGAUUUCUACGCCGGUGACGUGGGCUCCCAUCUGAGCCCAGAGUCGGAGUUGUCCGAGUUGGCCGUAGCCGAGGUCGAGGAUGUUGGCGUUGUUGAUGGUGAAGUCGGGUGCGUAUUGGUGGAGGAGGUGCUGGACUUCGUCGAGCAUCUGUUGGGCUUGGGGGGAGGUGUAGACGUCGCGGAGUUUUUCGGCGUCGUCGAGGAUGUGACCAAGAACAACACUGUCAGUGCAACUGCAGCGAUCAGAAAGAACAUUGCGAUGUCACUUGAUGUGAUGCCGGUCAUGCGUGGGGCUUUGUCGGGGGUCGUAGUCGCAGUUUGGGCAGAUUGGGGUGGGUGUGGACAUCAUCUGCGAUGUAAGAGCUUACUGGAUGUGUACGAGGUUUGUUGCGGCUUGGGCGAGGGUGGGUUCGUGGUCGAGGUCGAUGGGGAGGUAGACGCCUUUGUCGUGGUCGGUGUUGAGGACGAUGGCGUUUGGUUCGACGAGGGAAUAGCCGUUGGUGGCGUGCUCGUGUCCGAGGAUGAAGAGGUUGACACCCCAGCGCUCUACGAGGUCUUCGAGUUGUUCGUGGUCGUAUCCUCGUCCCCAGGUCAUGAGGUGUGCGGAUCCGACGCGGGGUUCGUAGUCUUGCUCGGUGAGGUCGCGGGAGAGGAUGGUGGUGUCGAAGCGGUCCAUCAUCCCUGGUCCUGGGAGGGAGUGGGCGCAGAGGAUGUCACCUUGCGGGCAGCAGGCGCGGAGGGCGAUGGGCAUGGAGAAGACGAAGUCUUUGACGGCGUCGCGGACUAUUUCGGCGUCGUCACCGAACUCUUGAUCGAUGCCGUCGUUGAAUGCUUUGACGCAGCGGACGCCGUUCUUGACGAUGAGGGCGUCGAUGGCUUGGGCGAGCUCGUGGUUGGCGAGGAGGAAGUGGACGAACUCGGGGUAUUGGGCUUUGAGCCAGGCGACGCGGGUGAGUCCUCGGUAGGAGGUGUCUACUGGGGGUGGGUCGCCGGGCUUGGAGGGUUUGAGGUCGGGGUGGAUGAUCUCGUGGAGGGUGAGGUGUUUGGGUUCGGAACCAAACUCGCCGUCGAGUCCGGCGGCGGCGACGACGGCGCGGAAGUUGCGUGGGUGGUCGUGGGUGUCUCCGGUCGCGAUGAGGUGUCCUGGUGCUUCGAUGCGAUCGAUGGAUCCUUCUCGGCAUGA